UCUUCCUGUGACUUGGACCAGCGACACUCAUUGUUGUURUAAAGGAAUAUUAUAUAAAGAUUGGCUCAAACUUGGUGCUUGUCAAACUGCAGUAAACUUUGAAKGUCUUUGCCUUCACGUGAGGGAAUCAAUCAGAGGAAAUUACUUAAAGGUCGCGGCACCCUYGGAAUUUUGGAUGAGUGUUUAAGUUGUGAUGUGUGGACCAGGAGUAGGAAGAAAACCCAUAUAGAGAAUGUGUAUGGUGAAUCUGGUAGUCCGCCCAGCUCUACCACUUUCUAAUUAUUGCGUAGACAAAAGAAGACAUGGCUUCUGACCCUGUUAAAGAACGAUUGAAGCAGCUUGAACAGCUUUUUAGCUUUGGAAGCAAGGAAAAUGGCUCAUACAGUGUGGAAACAUUGCUUGAUGUGUUGCUUCUAUUAUACGACGAGUGUUGCAACUCGACUCUCCGUCGGGAUAAGAACAUUUCUGAGUUUAUUGAAUAUGUGAAACCCGUUGCUACUAAGACCAAGCAACUACGACUGCACAGGGAAGAUUUUGAGCCCCURAGUUUGAUAGGAAAAGGAGCAUUUGGCGAGGUAACUGUGGUUCGACUCAAAUCAACUGAUCGAAUUUUUGCAAUGAAAACCUUGAACAAGUGGGAGAUGCUCAAAAGAGCCGAAACUGCUUGCUUCAAAGAAGAAAGAGAUGUACUGGUGUAUGGAGACAGACGGUGGAUAACUACUUUACACUUUGCAUUUCAAGAUGAUUGUUAUCUUUAUUUUGUUAUGGAUUACUAUAGUGGAGGUGACUUGCUGACUCUGCUCAGUAARUAUGAAGACCAUCUCCCUGAAGAACUGGCCAAGUUUUAUGUAGCAGAAGUAGUCCUUGCUGUAUCUGCUAUCCAUAAAAUGGAAUAUGUACACAGAGAUGUGAAACCUGAUAAUGUGUUACUUGAUAUCAGUGGGCAUAUACGACUUGCAGACUUUGGAUCAUGUCAAAAAUUAGCCAAGGAUGGCACGGUUCGUUCAUCAGUAGCAGUUGGAACACCAGACUAUAUUUCUCCAGAAAUCYUGCAGGCUAUGGAGGAUGGCAAGGGGAAGUAUGGUGUUGAAUGUGACUGGUGGUCACUGGGUGUCUGUAUGUAUGAAAUGCUGUUUGGUGAGACACCAUUUUAUGCCGAAUCCUUGCUGGAAACCUAUAGCAAAAUCAUGGCACAUACGGGAAAAUUCAAUUAUCCAUCYGAUGUUGAAGUAUCUAACAACGGAAAAGAUUUAAUGCAAAGACUAUGUUGUAAAGCAUCUCAAAGACUUGGACAAAAUGGUUUGGAUGAUUUCAAGAACCAUUCAUUUUUUGAAGGCAUUGAUUGGGAGAAUAUUCAUUACAUGACUCCRCCGUAUAUCCCAGAAGUCAGUAGUCCAACAGACACAUCCAACUUUGAUGUUGACAUUGAGGAAUCAAAAGCAAAUGAAGCCAAUCGGCCGUCRUCUGUAUCUCCWUUUACUGGUCACCAUUUGCCAUUUAUUGGAUUUACGUAUACAGAGGGAAGUAUUUUAUCAGAUCGACCCAAUAACACUGAUGGCAAGAAUAAUGCUGAGAAUAAUGGCGUUAUCCUGAAACCUGUGCAAAAUAAUGUUCCCAGCUCCCUGUCUGUUGAAGCAUACGAAAGAAGGAUUGAAAGAAUGGAACGAGAAAAAAGAGACUUAGCCCGUAAACUCUCAGAGUCAACCAAAGUUGUCCGUGAACAGUCUGCUGUUCUCAGCAAGGAAACAAGUAAAGAACAAGUUGAUGCUUUAGAAGUYAGGAGAUUAAAAGAUGAAGUUUCUUCCUUAAAAAAGAAGCUAAUGGAAUAUGAAGCUCAGUCAAUGGAUUUUGACAAGGAAUUAAAUGAGGCUUUAUCAGCCAGGAAAGACUUAGAAACCAAUAAUGAAGAUAUGAUAUCCAAGAUUAGGACAAUGGAAAGAGAAAAUAGGUCAUACAAGAUGGAAAAGGAUGACCUUGAAAGGGUGUUUAAAGAAGCCAAUGAGAAAAUAGCAGCACAACAGAAAGAACUCAAAGAAGCUCAGAAUCAAAGAAAACUUGCCAUGGCUGAAUUCAGUGAGCUAAAUGACAAGUUAGCAGACAUGCGCUCACAAAAGACUAAACUUUCAAGAACUGUGCGGGAAAAGGAGGAAGAAUUAGAGAGUGCACUUCAAAAGCUUGACAGCUUGCGACUGGAAGCCCGAAAUGCUGACAGAAGAAAGAGAGAGGUGAAACAAUACAACAUUAAUAUUGAAACAUUUUGUCGAUGUAAAACGAUUAAUAAUAAUAUCAUAAGUAGUUNUUGUCAAAAGCUAAUAUAUAUGAUAUUAUUUUUAGAUAUGAUAUCCAAGAUUAGGACAAUGGAAAGAGAAAAUAGGUCAUACAAGAUGGAAAAGGAUGACCUUGAAAGGGUGUUUAAAGAAGCCAAUGAGAAAAUAGCAGCGCAACAGAAAGAACUCAAAGAAGCUCAGAAUCAAAGAAAACUUGCCAUGGCUGAAUUCAGUGAGCUAAAUGAUAAGUUGGCAGACAUGCGCUCACAAAAGACUAAACUUUCAAGAACUGUGCGGGAAAAGGAGGAAGAAUUAGAGAGUGCACUUCAAAAGCUUGACAGCUUGCGACUGGAAGCCCGAAAUGCUGACAGAAGAAAGAGAGAGCUUAAUUCCCAGGUUGAAGAACUCACUGCCGAUGCAAACAGGGAGAAGAAACUCAGGCUCAGAAGUGACCAGUAUAACAAACAGUUGGAAGAAGAAAUUGAAUAUCUUAAAGCUAAGCAGAGAAGCUUAGGAAGACCAUUCCCAUCUGACACAACAUCUGAUGAACAACAGCAAGAAAUCUCUAAACUCAAAGCAGACAUUGACAGACUAAAGUUAGAGAAUGAAGAAGCUGCACAGCAAACUAAUUUCAAACAUACAAACGAAGUCAAGGAACUGAAAGAAAAAAUAAGUGACUUAGAGACAAAUAGGCAGACAUUGCAAAACGAGGUCACUUCACUAAGUGCCAAGAUUAAUGAAGCUAGACUGGAUAAUCAACGAGAACAACAUGAAAUGACWUUAGAAAUGAACAGAAAGAACGAAAGAGAAAGAAAACUACUGAAAGAAGAAAACAAAAAACUACAGGCCGAAGUUGACAAGCUUUCAGAGGCCUUAGAGAAGGGUUCUGCUUCUCAGCGUCGACUGGAGGAAGAACUACGAGAGAGCAGUGAAAAGAAAGAUGCUGUWGCCCAUUGGGAGGCACAGAUUGCUGAGAUCAUUCAAUGGGUGAGCGAUGAAAAGGAAGCCAGGGGAUACCUACAAGCACUGGCUAGUAAGAUGACUGAAGAACUAGAAGGCCUUAAAGCAUCAGGGUAUUCCAGCUUACCAAGGGGCGAGAAGAAUCAGUGGCAAGUAAGAAGAUCCCAAAAGGUUGACAAGCAAGAAAUCUUGACUUUACAGUCUAAUCUUCAAGCUGAAAUCCAGGCUAAACAGCAGCUUUCAGAGGAAUUGAAUAAAAGUAAAGCUGUGCUUAUUACCACUGAAAAGAAACUAGCUGAGUCUGAAGCGCAGUCAAAGAAUCUCAAAGAGGAGGUUGAAAUGCUGAAAAAAGAGAUGGAACAAUUAAAACAAAGUGGGGCUCAAAGAGGAGAUCUUCCUUUCUUAUCCUACCUCAAAGAAGAGACCACAAGCAGACAUGACGAGGAGGGUGAUAUUGACACAUUCAGCGCCCAUCAAAGAACCAAUUCUCAAAGAUCAGUUUCUAGUUAUUCAGAUACAUUUUCAACAAGAACAACAUCAGUAUCCUCAAUGGCGUCCUCCUUUGCACCUCGUAAUCAUAAGUUUUCUGUGCGCACGUUUACAACACCAACUAAGUGCAACCAGUGUACAUCGUUAAUGAUAGGUUUGGUGAGACAAGGCUCAAUAUGUGAAGUCUGUGGGUUUUCGUGUCAUUUGAUGUGUACAGAACAAGCACCAGCUGUAUGUCCCAUUCCGCAGAGCCAAGCCAAUCGAAGACCACUUGGCAUUGACCCUGAGAAAGGCGUUGGUACAGCUUAUGAGGGAUUUGUACGGAUCCCUAAGCCUGGUGGCAUUAAGAAAGGCUGGAUGCGUCAGUGGGCAGUCGUGUGCGAUUUCAAGGUGUUUUUAUUUGACGUAACGGGAGAUAAACCACCCCAAGUUUCCCAGUCUGCCACACAGGUCAUUGACAUGAGAGACGACGAGUUCUCCGUGAGUGGUGUCUUGGCAUCUGAUGUCAUCCAUGCCAGCAAAAGAGAGAUACCCUGUAUAUUUAGGCUAACUGCAUCUCAGAUGACGCCUCCUGGGGAACCAUUGACACAGCUUUUCCUUACUGAAAAGGAAAGAGAUCGUGUUAACUGGGUGUCGGCUCUUCAAGAACUGCAUAAAAUCUUAAAAAAGAACUUCCUAUCGUCAGAAAUGAUCCCUAAGCCUGGUGGCAUUAAGAAAGGCUGGAUGCGUCAGUGGGCAGUCGUGUGCGAUUUCAAGGUGUUUUUAUUUGACGUAACGGGAGAUAAACCACCCCAAGUUUCCCAGUCUGCCACACAGGUCAUUGACAUGAGAGACGAAGAGUUCUCCGUGAGUGGUGUCUUGGCAUCUGAUGUCAUCCAUGCCAGCAAAAGAGAGAUACCCUGUAUAUUUAGGCUAACUGCAUCUCAGAUGACGCCUCCCGGGGAACCAUUGACACAGCUUUUCCUUACUGAAAAGGAAAGAGAUCGUGUUAACUGGGUGUCGGCUCUCCAAGAACUGCAUAAAAUAUUAAAAAAGAACUUCCUAUCGUCAGAAAUGNGUGUUUGUAUUGGCACAGAAGAUGGAUUGUUUUGUAUUGAACUUAUGAAAGAAAGUAUUUCUCGUAUUGGUGACAACAAGAAAGCAUAUCAAGUCGAGAUGCUGCCUGAUGAACAACUGCUUGUGCUGAUAUCAGGGAAAAAUCGUCAUAUAAGACUAUACCCKCUUACUGCACUUGAUGGACACGACACUGAACCCGUGAAAAUUGCCGAGUCAAAAGGUUGUUCAAUGUUUGCUACUGGUGGAAUCCAUUCUAAUUCAUCAAGUUGCCUGUGUGUGGCAAUUAAAAGACACAUAGUUGUUUAUGAAUUAAACCGAACAAAGUUUAGACAUCUUAAGAUUAAGGAUAUUAAUCUUAACUUCAACCUCCAUUGGAUGGGUGUUUCAUUUGGUAAACUUAUCGUUGGAUAUGUGUCUGGCUUCACGAUAUACCAAUUGGAAGGCGAUGGCCUACCACAAAAACUUGUAAAUGCAGAUGAYCCUACCCUGAAUUUUAUCACCAAUAACCCGGUGGAUGCACUAUUAGCUGUAGAGAUUGAACCCUCCAAAGAACAUCUUCUUUGUUUUAACUUACUUGGUGUCUUUGUUGAUUCUAAUGGUUACCGAUCAAGACGGUACGAGUUGAUGUGGCCAUCACCGCCUACAUCAGUUGCGUACUCGUGCCCUCACGUGAUUUCGUUUAGUGAAAGAGCCAUCGAUAUUUUCGAUUCUAAUACAGCUGAAUGGCUACAGACAAUUCCACUUCGAAAGUGUCAUUCGUUAAUAAGCGAGGGUUCCCUGUGCUUGUGUAUGGCAUCAGAGCAACCUAACCUUGUUUACCUGAAGAACAAAUCAUUUGAAGAAGAGGAAUUAAUUAUUCCUGAUCCCAACAAGGGCAAGAAAGCUAUAGCAGCCAUGUUAAGAUUGAAACAGAAACCACGCACAUCUAUGAGAUUCUCAUGGAAGACCAAAGAAGCAGGACUUCAAGACUUGGAUUCCGACACACGUUCUAAGCUUAUUUCAGGACCWACYAACUUUAACCAUAUAUCACACAUGGGACCAGGAGACGGUCUACAAAUUCUGAGAGAUCUACCAAUCGUAAGUUAAUGUUACUCUAUUGUU